AUGGGUAUUUGGCAGUUGGCAGUAUGUCCCAGAAAGGAAAGUGCUCGAGUGCUUGAGCACUUUCCUUUCUGGGAUAUACUGCACGAGCACCAAUUGCAAGCAGCAAAUGCUGGUAAAGGUGCUCAAUUUCAUGGAACAAUUCCCAUAUUGCAAGAAGACAACAAGAAGUUGCAGGAUAUGGGCAAGAUACAGGAUACAUGGGAAACGUCCGGCUUCAUCCCUGAGAUGUCUACUACUGGAUCAACAUCUGUCAUCACCUCAUCCCUAAAUGCUUCACCGCUGCUGCUCCGCUGCACCACGCCUUUCACACAUCCAAAGUUCAGUGGGUUUGCUAUCAAAGGCCUGAUGCAAAAUUUCAUAGGUCAAUAUGGGACAAAAGCCAUGCUAUACAACAUGCUGGUUUUGUUACAUGAUGCAGGUUAUUACAGCACCAAGGAUAAAUCCUGGACAACAAUGAGUAGCUGUCCAGACUUUACAAAACCUUGGAGUCCAGGUUUGGAGGAUGAGUGUGCGGCAUUCCUUAACAACAUUGUACUGAAGGUCUACUCUGCAUUACCCAGCACGGCAACUGCCUCCUUGAGAUGGUGGACCGCUGCCAACUCAGUUUGUUCAGUGGAAGACGGCAGUGGCAGACAGCGUCCCGACCUAGUCUUGAUGAGUGCUAGCUCUGACAACCCCACAAAUCCCAAAGCUCUUCCACCAGCAAAUUGGAGAAGUGUCCACGCACUGGCUGAGCUCAAGGACAGGGAGAAAAACUCAGUGCCCCUCCAUGGGCAAAUUUUUCAGCUGAUGGGACAUGCAUCAUUUCUCAGAGCUGCACAAGAUCGCCGGCUCCAUAUCUUAGGCUUUGCUUUAUGUGGAGCAUCAUUCACUCUCCUUUACAUAGAUCAAGGCGUCAAUAUCAUCGUCAAAGAUACCUGGCAUGAUGUUCAUCGACUUUUAACAGAGGGUGCAAUCUUGCAUUUACUUGAGGCCAAGGGUGUAAAAGGAGUACCUUGUUUGAUUGGCGAGGAGAAGGUCCCAGUUUCGAAGCAGUGGAGAGAGGGAGUAGAUGGCCACCCACUUCCACAGUACAACUGUACAAGCAACAUACAAGACUCUAUUGAAACCAUUGAGAUCAACGCCAAAGAGAGAAACAUGGCUCUUGCAGAUCCCUAUCAGCCGUAUCAGCUUCGUGCACAUAUACGUUCUACUACAACUCCAGCUGGCGCUCUUAUAACAGACUUCAACUGUUUGGAGGAGCUUCUUGUUGUUACAAUUGACCAUAUCACAAGCCACAAGAUGGCAUAUAGCUCUAUCAACUAUUUUUCCCCUGUGGGCAACACAUUUCCAGUCAGGAUCUUGUACCGAGAUGGUUCUACAAAUUGGGGGUUUGCGGCUGCAAUACCAAAGAUAAAGGAGGGGGAAUUUUCUCAGUCAAAUCUAUCUCAGUUUGAUAAAGAAGAUGCCGUAUUUGAUGAGGGGCUAUUUGAAGUUUCCUCUGAAGAGGAGGAUCCUGCCCGCCAUGAUCGCAAGGCCAAGAUGUUGGACACCAUGCUGAAAAGGGUUGCACAGCAACAAAGCGUAAUCCAGCAGGCCCAAGGUUCCUUUGCCAACACUUCAAUACAUGGCCAUAAUGUUCCAGGGUGGGAAAUGGAGGUCGCUAGAGGUACUGCUCACGAGACCUUUGAGCUCUUGGUGGGCCAGGGGUGGGCUGUGGAUAACGGAAACCAUGUCCUUGAACGCACAGGUACAGAGCCCUUCAUGGCUGUAGAAAUACAGAAUGCACAACCUGGAGAGCCCAUUCAGCACGCAGCACAUCAUGAUGUUGAGUCCUUCUACUACAUUAUUUUAGCUAUGUGUGUUCUACUGGAGCAGCCCUACCAAUUCAAGGACAAGGUGUUUAUGGAGUGGGAGGUAAUCAGGAAAUGGCUCAAUCCUGAAUUCAACACCAAGUAUACCCAUGCAGAUGCAGCGCAUCACAAAUUCACGACAUUUGGCAAGGCUGAUAACCUCUGUAGUUUCCUUGACGGACAUAUUUCAACCUACUUCAAAUUUAUGACCCCCUACUUUGAACGGUUGCGUAGCACAAUUUUCGAUUCUGCGAUGUUCAUCCCUGAGAGGUUCAUCAAACUUGGCCCUGCCCCCUUCCUGGUGUUGACGCCCACCACCCACAACUCCAUUUUGCAGAUCUUUCAUGAAGCUCUCAAUCAACAAGAAGAUAAUGGAGAAGAAGCUAGUGGAUUAGACAUGUUAAUAGAUGAUGAGUAUAUGGAGGGGGCAAUUGGCGAAGUACUACAGGAGUUGCAAGAGGAUUUUUUUUCAUUCAUUCCAAUCGCACAUUCUAAUAUUAAUGAUGAUGGGGAAAACACAGCAGGGUCAUCCCUUCAUCAGAACUCAAUAGUCCUAAAUGACAAUGAGGAUGAACGUAUGGAGGUGGAACAUCCCACAGCUGGCAAGCUCAUAAGCAUGGACGAGACUUUACAUCAGAGGUGGAGAAGAGAAUUCAUUGCAGCAGGUGGGGAUGGUGAAGACGUAGAAAUGGGUGAAGCUUCAGACCCCAAGUUCUUCCCCUUUGCCUCGGAAAUGGAUUGGAGAGUAGCAUGUUAG